AUUGUGAGAAUAAUUUGUACGCAAGCGCGACGCAGCUUUCGGUAAAGCUGCAAAAAUAUUGAAAACACUCGAGUGAAAUCAGCUGGAGAGGAUGGUGCUCGGUGUUGUGUUCAUACUAGCACUGCUAUCAACAAAAAGUUUACAAUUCGAAUACAAACAUCACAAUAAUGACGAGCUGUUGGAGGUUUUACAAGAUGUGAAUUCAAAAUGUAGCAACAUUACCAGGGUAUAUACAUUAAGUGAAAAUUCCGUUUUGGGAUUGCCGUUGUACGUUAUCGAAUUUUCAACCAAACCUGGACGACACGAAAUUCUUAAACCUGAAUUUAAAUAUAUUGCAAAUAUGCACGGAAAUGAAGUUUUGGGUAGGGAACUACUAUUGAAAUUAGCUGAUUACCUUUGUGAUGAAUAUUUGACGGGGAAUCCUCAAAUCAGAUCGUUGAUUCAUAUGACCAGGAUUCAUUUAAUGCCCAGUAUGAAUCCGGACGGUUGGCAAGUCGCAACGGAUACUGGCGGUGAAGAUUAUUUAUUAGGACGAACCAAUAAUAAUUCGGUUGAUUUAAAUAGAAACUUCCCAGAUUUAGAUAGAAUAGUUUUUACCAACGAAGAACAACAUAUUAAUCAUAAUAAUCAUUUACUUGAAGAUUUGACAUCACUGGAAGAACCACUGCAGCCAGAAACAAAAGCUGUGAUUCGUCUCAUAAUGCAAGUGCCGUUCGUCCUUUCGGCAAAUUUACAUGGAGGAGAUUUAGUGUCUAAUUAUCCUUACGAUGAUAGUAGAUCGGGACGACAAACCGGCGAAUAUGCAGCUACACCUGAUGAUUUUACAUUUAGGCAUCUAGCCUUAUCUUAUUCUUUGUAUCACGCCGAUAUGGCAAAACCGAAUAGAAAAAGUUGUGGAGAUUACGAAAGCAUGCGCUUCCCAAAACAAGAAGGGAUUACCAAUGGUGCUAAAUGGUAUUCUUUAGAAGGAGGUAUGCAAGAUUUUAAUUAUCUUUCAAGCAACGACUUCGAGAUAACAUUGGAAUUGGGUUGUAAAAAAUAUCCCCCUGCUGAUGAAUUGCAGAACGAGUGGGAAAGAAACAAGAAUGCUCUUCUAAAUUUCAUUUGGCAGACUCAUAUUGGUAUUAAAGGCAUAGUAUUCGAUAUUCAAUCGAAAACAGGCAUACCUGGAGUUGUCAUACACGUUCGAAAUAUAACUGACAACCCUUACGACAUCGAUCACGAUAUCACAUCAGUACAUGAUGGAGAUUACUAUAGGUUAUUAACACCUGGAAAAUACAAAAUAACUGCAUAUCGAGAUGGUUAUUUACCUCGCUCAAAAAUCGUCACCGUAACCAAUAAACCCUUCGAAGAAGCUCAGAGAUUAGAUUUCCCUUUACAGCCAAUAACGAAAUGUAGACGUCGUCGCAAAUGGAAGCACAGAUCACUUAGAUGCCACCGUACAUGGUCGCUCCGAACAACAAUUACAUCAAUUCGAAAUUAGAAGAUGAAUUCGAUAACCAGCAAUGGUCCAAUUGGGCCGAAGAAAGUGAACCCAUACCAGAACCAAUAGCAGUACAAUAAAAAAUAAGUCGUAUAGCAAUUUUUUUUCCUGAUUACGCACAUAGUUUACUAUUAGUCAGGUCAAAAUAUGCAUUUCAAAUAAAAUAAACUCCCACAAAGUUAAUUAUUGGUAAAUACUUUGAGAUGAUAGUUAGAAUUAAGUUUCCAUUAAUGUCCAACGAUCCUUUGUAUGAUAAUAAGAGUUACUUCAAGUCAAAAGAUAAAAUUUAGAGUUUUUUCGGUUUUCCUCGUGAACGGUGAGUUUUAUCAAAAAAAUAGAUCAAACAAAAAUUGUUGAUCAUUGUAAUUAUACUUUUUUCUAUUCGAAUCAUCAUUUCUGAGAUAUCGCGAUUUUUAAACUACAAACAUUGUUAUCUCUAUUUGGCGCGUUUUUUAAAAUAUUGUUUUCCAGGUAAGCGAGCUACACUUCCGGUUAUGGCAGAAUUUUAUAGGAUGAUACUACAAUUUGGUGAUAUUCAUUGGAAGUGUAGCGCCAAGUAGGGAUCCCAAUUGUUUCUAAUUUUAAAAUCAUGAUAUCUCAGAAAAACCGAUUCAUAUAAAAAAAGUAUAGGUACAGUUUUUGUAGAUGAUUUGAUGAUCUAGAAUUUUUGUCUUAUCUAGUUUUUUAUAAAACUUAACGUUUACGAAAAAAUUUUAAAAAACUAAGAAUUUUGACAUUUGACAAGAAAAAGAAGAAGAAAUGAAAGAAGCCGAAUUUGAAGAUAAUGGAUUAAGAAAAAGUUUAGCACGCUUAUCUGGUGAAGAAUUUUAAAAAACAACGUUCCAAGAAGGGAUACCAAUUUUUCAAAUUUUUGAAUUGCGAAUUCUCAGAUAUGGCUAUUUGUAUUGAAAAAAGUAUAAUCAUAAUGUUUGUAGAUAAUUCUAUGAUCUACACUUUCUGUCCCAGCUAUUUUUCGAUAAAACUCAUCGUUUACGAGGAAAUGACAAAAAACUCAAAAUGUUGACAUUCGACAAGGAAAUAAGAAGAAAUAAGAGAAUACGUGAUUAUUGAGGUCGAAUUUGAAGAUAAUGGAAUAAGUUUAUCACGCUUACCUUACGAAGAACUUUAAAAAAACAACGAGCCAAGUAGGGAUACCAAUUUUUCAAACUUUUGAAUUGUGUGUGAAUGUAGUCGAAUGAAGAUAGCUGUAGAGAUCCAUAAUAAGAAUUAAAAGCAAAAAUCAAUAUCAUUAAUCAAAUGAGUUCACAGUUUACAUGAAAAUUCAAAAAAAGUGAAAAUUUGACAUUGAGUAACAUUUUUUUAGAGCACACAAAAUCGAUAGGAACUUCUGAAGACUUAUUUCCAAUGGCAAACACAAGAUUUCUGUCAAAAUUCAACUCUGUGGGAUUUUUUUUUAUUUAAACCAUAUUUUUAGUCUAAUUUGACCGGACUAUAUCUAAUUAUUUUUUAAUAAAAAAAGUACUUGACACAUGAAAUUUUUUUGAAAUAGGUUGAUUGUGGAGAAGAAAAAUAUUGACAAAUUGUUUAUGUUUUACUUUGAAUAUAUCUCACUUUAAUAAACAAUUGUGUAAUGGAUCAAUAAAUUAUUCUGUUUGAACUUUGAGAUAGAUAUGGAUAAGGUUAAAUAUAUAUAUUAAAUAAUUUUGUUUCUAACAACACAUUCUUAUAAAAAAUUAUAAAAAGAAAUAAUUUACAUUUAAAUCAGUUUGCCGGUAAAUGACUUCAUCGCUAAUUGAAGUUCAAAAUUACGUCAUAAUUAGUGAUAAAUCAAUUAAUUUCCUUUAAAUCGACUAAUUAGGGUCAUAAAACGUUAAUUCAGGUUUAAGUGUAUAUAAAUUUGUAAUAGGGAGUUUAUCAACAUUCCUAUCCUUGAAAAACAUUAAUCCAAAUAUUCCAUAACCUACAAAAUUGAUAUUACAAAAAGUUUGUUAUUUAUUUCCAAUAAUCUCUGAAACACAACUCAACUUGACAACAUUGCGUUCGUUUGGGAUAGUAUUAGAUUCAGUUACAUGGAUUGCUACUCCUAUUCUCACCAGUAAAAGAUAAGUGGGAGCAAAUUUAUAACGUUAUCAAUGGGGAUUUUCGAUUCACUUUCAAUUCAACAAUCGAUUCCCAUUCAUUGGCUUCUUGUGUUUCAAUUAUAAAAAAAAUAGUUAUUUUCUAUUAUUAUUUAGGAAUUAAAAGUCGAUCUCGAGUCUUUCAAAAAAAAAAUAUGAUUCUUCCAACACAAUUGAAUUUGUUGUAAAUUCUUGUAAAAGAAUCGAUUACAAUUUUCGAAUCGUAAACGGUUUCGAUUCUUUUAGUGUCAUUCAAAGCAGCCGAGGGAAUAUAGAAUCGUGCAUAGUCGUGUAAGAUCGUUUUUCAUUAGACUUAUACCGCAGACAUAGACAUAAUACUAGACUGCGCAUUCGAUGUACUAACGACCUCUGUGGGGCAUAACCGUCACGAGUGAGUCUUCAUGACUUUAUUGGCAACUGGACGUGGUAGUUCGUCAAUGAAGUGUGUUUGUUCAGGAUAUUUAUUAUAUGUUCCUCAAUAUAAAAAAACUGGGUUUAUGAUCAAAAUAAAAGCACGUUAUUUAAGCGUUUUAGAAGUAGUCAAAUACUUUUACCGAAGUUCUAAAUGUUGGAAAGUAAGUAUUUCCGGCUUUACCAAUAAUUGGAUUGGUUCAUUUCCGGUUUAGCUUUCUGAACUAGAUUCAUACAUAAUACAAGGAAGAGUUUUUUUGGAUGUCUAUUGAUAGGAGGUGGAUAGAGGGAAAGAAUCAAAUUUGCUGGUUAAGUUCUAUUAGUUUUACUUCAGCUUAGCUCUGAAAAAUGAUAUUUUCUUAUAAAAUGCGAAAUGUUUUCUGUCUGCAUUUCUGUCUAAUUCAUAAAUUCAGUUCAAAAAGCUGAAGUUAACCAAAUUGGUAAAACCGAAUAUACAAAUUUCUGUCAUCUGAGACUUCUUAAACACAAAGUUGACUUGUUUUAUAGUGAUUCUAAACGGGAAGUAUUUCUUAAACUAGUUGUAUCAAUUCUGGUUAUAAUCCAACAACAAAUAGCCUGUACCAAUGCGUAGGCAUAGAAAUAUUUUUUAUACAAACCUCGUAUAUGAUUAUAAAUUAAGUUUCAAAGUACCUUUUUUAUCAAAAAAUAUUUAUUAAAGUACACAUUUUUCAAAUUCUUUAGGUUGAAUACAACAACAUAGGAAACAAUUUUCAAUAUUUUAGAAUUUUAGAACUAAUAAAUUGUCAUCUUCCAUUAUGAAAUAAAUUUUAUUUUAAACUGUA